AUGAAAAAUGAUGAAUAUCAACGUAUUUUAUCCGAUGAACAACGUUUUAGAGUUGAAAGCAGUUUUGUUCCACAAAAAUGGAUAUUGCAACAGAAUUCAGUCAACUUAUUUAUAAGUCAUUGUGGUAUGGGUUCUGUUGGUGAAGGGCUUUACUUUCAGAAACUGAUACUUUGUUUACCAAUGUGCACAGAUCAAUUUGUAAAUGCCAUGGCAAUUGAUCACUCUGGUGUUGGCGCAUCUUUAUUUAUCCCUCCAACAUUAUGGCCAUCAUUGCUUCGUCCGGAUGGUUUUCAUCAUUAUACAUUUUUAGCAAGUGCAGUCACAAGUAAAUUAUUCACUAUUUGGGAGAAUGCUACUUAUGUAAAAGUGGCUCGAAUGAUGUCUCUCGAAAUGAAACAUGCUGGUGGUGUAAAAAGAGGUGUCAAAGAAAUUGAAUUCUUUGUCAACGCUCAUGGUGAUUUACUUCGUUAUAUGCCAUUUUCAAAUACUCUAGCAUUUUAUCAAAGGUAUAUGCUUGAUCUGGUAUUAGUCUAUAUAGUUCUACCGAUUGCAAUCAUAUUUUAUCUUGCUCUAAAAUUCUGUUGGAGUAAUAUAAAGAAUAAAAUCGAUUAA